AUGUCGUCUGGCCGUGGUAAAGGUGGGAAAGUUAAGGGAAAGUCGAAGACUCGAUCCAGCCGUGCCGGUCUGCAGUUUCCAGUUGGCAGAGUUCACCGUUUCUUGCGGAAAGGCAACUAUGCCGAACGUAUUGGUGCUGGUGCCCCCGUGUACUUGGCUGCCGUCAUGGAGUACCUUACGGCUGAGGUCCUCGAACUGGCGGGCAACGCUGCUCGUGACAACAAGAAGACCCGCAUCAUACCUCGCCACAUCCAGUUGGCAAUCAGAAACGACGAGGAGUUAAACAAGCUCCUUCAAGGAGUUACCAUUGCGCAAGGCGGCGUUCUUCCGAACAUCCAGGCCAGUCUUCUGCCCAAGAAGACUGCCGACGUGAAGACCCCUUCUUCGGCGAGCAAGUAGAG